GUCCUCCCUGAUGACACAGAUUGCGAUUGAGAGGAACCAAUCGGCGCCUGGAAUGUCGAAGCCUUGUCCAAUCAGAAGUUCACAAAUUUGAGACCUCUCUUUGUGAUCUCCUUAGUCCCUCUGUUUACAGUAAAUCUUUCAUUUUUGUUGCUGCUGAAAGACUCCGAAAAGUAGAAACGAGUAAUUUGACUGAUUCUACAAUUGGCCGUUUAACGGGGAAGCCCACCGCCCCCCCUCCCGUCACAAAAUGCCGUUGGUGACGAGGAACAUCGAGCCUCGCCAUGUGUGCCGCCAGGUGCUCCCCAGCACCAUCCGCAGUGAGCUGGAGUGUGUCACCAACAUCAGCCUCGCCAACAUCAUACGCCAGCUAGGCAGCCUCAGUAAGUAUGCAGAGGAUGUGUUUGGAGAGCUGUUUGUGCAAGCGGGGACGUUUGCUAUCAGGGUGAACUCACUGGGUGAGAGAGUGGACCGUCUACAGGUCAAAGUCACCCAGCUCGACCCUAAAGAGGAGGAGGUCUCUCUGCAGGCCAUCACCCAGAAGAAAGCGUUUCAUAGUAAUCUGACUCAGGACCAGCAGUUAUUCUGUAGACCCUCUUUACCACUGCCUGUACAGGAGACUUAUCUGAUCUGCAAUCCUCCUCCACCACUCAAUAACCUCAGCCAGUACAGGGACGAUGGGAAGGAUGCUCUGAAGUUCUACACCGACCCGUCUUACUUCUUUGACCUGUGGAAGGAGAAGAUGCUGCAGGACACCAAGGACAUCAUGAAGGAGAGACGCAAACACAGGAAGGAGAAGAAGGACAAUCAAAAUAUGCGGACUCUGAAUCCCAGAAAGAUCAAGACCAGAAAGGAUGAGUGGGAACGACGCAAGAUGGGGGAAGAGUUUGUGGUACCCAAGAAUGACAUGGGAGAAUCUCUCGAGGGUCUGAAUGGCAGUAUUGGUUCAGGAGAAGGCUGUUAUUCCCCUGAUGGUUUAGACCAGAGUACAGGGUCGUACGCCUUCGAUCCCGGCUCCCCCCUCCCUCCCCCCGCUCCCGAUGACUUCCUGCCCCCUCCACCCCCAGACAUGACGUAUGACGGACAGUACGGAGGACCAUCCCAGAAGCGCACCAGCGUUCUGAGCCCCACACACCCUCCUCCAGCCCCUCCCAUGACCUCUUCUGCUUCCAGUGGCUCCCGGCCCAACCUGGCCCCUCCCCCUGCCCCACCUCCCCCUCCCCCCUCUGGCUUGGGGAUCCCUCCCCCCCCCCCCUCUGGAUUUGACUCCUCCCCUCCUGCUCCCCCUCCUCUCUUCUCCUCUGCCUAUCCCUCCCCCCCUGCCCCACCUUCUCCUCUCUCCCAGACCACCAUCUCUCCACCUCCUCCCCCCUCUCUCCCCCAGGGUGGUGGCGCCCCUCCUCCUCCUCCUCCCCCACCUCCCCCAGGCCCUCCUCCCCCCUCUUCUGGCCUCCCCCCUCCCUCCUUCUCCAUUGGGGCUCCCCCUCCUCUCAAACCCACCCAGGUUCAGCCAGAAGCCCCCGCUGACGCUCACAAUGACUUGCUGUCAGCUAUCCGGCAAGGUUUUAAUCUUCGUAAAGUGGAGGAACAGAAAGAGCAGGAGAAGAAGGAUAACUAUGGCAACGACGUAGCGGCCAUCUUGUCUCGCCGUAUUGCUGUGGAAUGCAGCGACAGCGAAGACGACUCCUCAGAGUUGGACGAUGACGAUUGGUCCGAGUGAGGCCUCCUUCGCCACCACCACCAUCGUGGUCUUCCUCAGUCCUCCUCAGAGAGAAUGCAUCAUGUCCUUUUGCCAUUACUUCUUUAUAACCAAUGAUCUGAGGAGUAGAGUGCCAAAGACAAGUGUGUCCUCUUCCACACUCCUGUCUAAGCCAGUCACAUUCCCCCCUGUGCCAGUCACAUUCCCCCCGUGUGCCAGUCACAUUCCCCCCGUGUGCCAGUCACAUUCCCCCCGUGUGCCAGUCACAUUCCCCCCGCGUGCCAGUCACAUUCCCCCCGUGUGCCAGUCACAUUCCCCCCGUGUGCCAGUCACAUUCCCCCCUGUGCCAGUCACAUUCCCCCCUGUGCCAGCCACAUCCCCCCGUGUGCCAGUCACAUUCCCCCGUGUGCCAGCCACAUUCCCCCCGUGUGCCAGUCACAUUCCCCCGUGUGCCAGCCACAUUCCCCCCGUGUGCCAGCCACAUUCCCCCCGUGUGCCAGUCACAUUCCCCCGUGUGCCAGCCACAUUCCCCCCGUGUGCCAGCCACAUUCCCCCGUGUGCCAGCCACAUUCCCCCGUGUGCCAGUCACAUUCCCCCCGUGUGCCAGCCACAUUCCCCCCGUGUGCCAGCCACAUUCCCCCCGUGUGCCAGCCACAUUCCCCCCGUGUGCCAGCCACAUUCCCCUGCGUGCCAGUCACAUUCCCCCCGUGUGCCAGUCACAUUCCCCCCGUGUGCCAGUCACAUUCCCUGUAUGUUUUUUGUUGAACUUAACUGAUAGCCGAUGACUUCAGUAUGGAGAACGGUCCAAAUAUCAAAAAACAAAUUAUUUCUAAAGGGCACAUGGCCAAAGUGUGUGUGUGUGUGUGUGUGUGUGUGGUAAUGAGAAUUAUACUCACAGAUAACAUAGUAUACCGUAUAGAUAUUGAUCCUUACAUACAGACGAACAGUCCCAUAAUGGUAUAACUGAGGAACUGUGUUAAGAAUCAUAUUUUACUUUAUGAUAGUUAUAGAUGUGCUAAAGAAGACACACCAAAAGUUUUUUUUCUUAUUGCAGUUUUUGUUUUUUUCCCCUGUCUUUCGCUCUAUUGUUGGCAUGGAAAUGGUUACCUAGGUGACGGAGGGACUCAUUAACAGGUGGGGGGGGGGGUUUAGAAAUAUAAUGUAUUUAUCUAUAAAUAGGUUCAGCUGAAUGUCCCCCUUUCUAAACAUUCUGAAAUGUUUUGAUUCAGCUCUGGCUCAAUAAAACUAUGUCCCCCUGUCAGUCAAAACAUGCUCUGCCCAAUGAGUGAUCCCUCUCUUGCCCUAGUCCCGCCCCUCCUUAAGUGCCUUUGCUUUUCAUGUUUAUGUGCGAGGAGGACGACGUUACCCUUGGACACUGAUCUAGGGUCAGGUUUGUUUUUCGUUCCCAUCCCCAUAGGAUUGGAUGAUGCGUAACUGAUCUUAGAUCUGUGUCUGAGACAAGUUGAUCGUCUUCUGUUUUAAGUGCCUUCUGUUUGUUUUAAAUCCAAAGUGUAAAGCCACAAUCAGACCUGAACAUGUUGUUGUUGUUAUUAUUAUUAUUCAACCAUAUGUUUCCGCUUGUCCCGUGGGUCUCGACGUUUUCCGUGAGGAUUAUCAGAAUAAUAAAGAUGAAGUACAGUGUUUGUGUGUCAA